UCAGUAGCCUCCAAAUAACAUGAUACUGCUUAGAAAGUACUCCUGAAGCUCUUUUGUGUGCAACAGAGUGACAAAGGCAGAGGGAAACUAAGGAGACAGUGAACAUAUUCUGGGUCAUUUAUUGAAGACAGAGCGAUCUUGUGUUCCUGUGACCUCACUGUGUUCUCCCACAGCAGCAGCCAACCAGCCUCAGUAGUGAAGGUAGAGACUGAAGCAAACCACAGAGCUUCUCACCAGACAUCUACUGCAGCAGGAACCAUCAGCUGAAAAAAUGGGGUGUUUCGGAUUCCUCAAAGCCAUGAUGAUUGCUUUUAAUGGCAUCAUCUUCCUGGCCGGGAUCGCCAUCCUGGGCGUGGGGAUCUGGGUGAAGGUUGACAGCGGCUCCAUUUUCAACUUCCUCGGAAAAAUCGAAAACGUCCCACCGCAAAUUAAUCAGGUGCUCAACGUGGGAUACCUGCUGAUCGCCAUCGGUGCCCUCCUGGUUGUGAUCGGCUUCCUGGGAUGCUGCGGGGCCAUCAGGGAGAGCAAGUGCAUGCUGCUGCUGUUUUUCAUGAUCGUCUUGCUGGUUUUCAUCGCUGAGGUGGCGGGAGCGGUGGUCAUUCUGGUUUUCAGACCUGUGGCAGAUAAACUGUUUGACGAGGUUGGCACAGCAGCAGUUAAGAACAUCCAGAAAGACUAUGGCGGAAAUCCUGACAUUACUGGACUGUGGAAUACCACCAUGGACGCGUUAAAAUGUUGUGGAUUCUACAACUACACAGACUUUACGGGUUCCCCGUAUAAUAUGGCGUCCAACAAUACCUAUCCACCACACUGCUGCGUGAACAACGCCCCAUGUAACGCAUCUGCGGCUGAAGCAAAAAAAGCAGAUGGCUGCUUCAUAAAGAUCAAGAAGUUGAUUGAUAGCAACACAGUGGUGAUUGUGGGCGUUGCUCUCGGGAUCGCUGCUCUGGAGAUUUGUGCCAUGAUUGUCUCCAUGACGCUCUACUGCAGAGUAAAGUCCACCAGAGCCUGACGAAGAGCAGGAAGUCCUUCUACUUCCUGCCUCAUCGGGGAAAACACCGACCACAGCGUCUGGUCUUGUGCAAUCGAGGACAGCUGAAUGAUAUUUUUUUUUUACUACAUCUCGAUUUAUGAAGUAGAUUUAAUUUAUGGAUCCAAAAUAUACAUUGUCUGAGAAAUCAUCACGAAGUCCCACUUUCCAUUGUGUACAUAUGAAAGAGAGCGAAAACAUUUCACACAUAUCCAGCUGUUGGGGAAUUACAAGAUGAAUUUACUGUAAUAAUGAAGCAAAAGCUGGUUGUUGUGUUUUAGGGGCAAAUGAUGUGUGCAAGCUUCUUGUUUGAUAAAUAUAGUCCAGCAAUAGUUGUUUAUUUGUUGUAAAUUGAUUCGUAUUUUGCAAUAAAAUCAUAUAUUUAUGUGUAAAGGGC